AUGUGCCUACAUGCAUCGCCUUGUAGCGCCGCUAUAACAACCGUAGCAUCUUACGUGAAUCCAUCAGUUACUCAGAACCGAUGUUCUUUUGGUGCCAGAUUCCCAGUUCCGGUUACACCGACCGCUUCAUCUGCUUUUUUCUCCUCAUUAUUCGGUACAUCAUCAACAUUGCAACAGCAACAACAGCAAUUACUGCAACAAGCCCAAAACCUUAGUCCAAUUAGCAGCAAUCAAAAUCCCGAAACAUUAACUAUUCUCUCUGAAUUAAAUGCUGUAAAGGAGGCAGCAUUAAAUGCAAAUGCUACCUGUUAUCCUCUGCUACCAUCUCUAGAAAGUUUAAUACCAUUGACAUUACUUCAAUUGGAUCAACAGAUUACCAAUUCAAUGUUCACUUCUCAGGCAUCACCUGCUUCUGCCACUUCCGCACUGCCCUCAAAUCAUAAUAAAACAGCGGAAAUAAAAGAUUUUCAACAACAACCGAAAUGGAUAACUCCUGUUAGACAUCCACAACUUCAUAGGCAACUUUCGGUCAUCGAAAAUAAUUCCGAUAGCAGUUCAAUGGGAACAGAUAUAAAACGACCCUCGGAUUUCUCCAUUAAUCGCUUGCUCCGGAAACAUUGUAGUGGAUCUGCUAUGAAUAAACGUUACGAUAUUCCUGCAUCUAGUCAGCAUCAGUCUGAUGAAAGAAAUCUCAAAGGUCGAAAACAACGAACUAUUUAUGGCGUUUCACAAACCAAAAUUCUGGAGAAAGCCUUUGAGGAGCAACAGUAUAUGGUUGGAACAGAGCGUGAAAUGCUCGCCGAACGACUUGGAUUAUCGGAGGCACAAGUCCGGGUGUGGUUCCAAAAUCGACGUAGCAAAUGGCGUAAACAAUUACGAGCCAAUAUUUAUGUCCAAUGA